AUGAAUUGCACUCGCCAUAUUCAAUUUCCAAUAACAUCUAUAUGUAUUGCCCCUCACUAAUGUUAAUGCAAAAGAAAACUUUGCAUUGAUUGCCAAUAUGAACACGGAGUUGAUAUUAGAUAUACAGUUCCGACUCAUAGAUUUCAAGAAAUGGUUUUAAAGUAAAUAAAAGAAUCUAAGAUUGAUCAAAAUUCUGAUUUCACCGAAUAAAGAAAGAAUUUUUUAAUGAUUCUCUCUCAAACUGAAAAUAUGCUGAAGAAAAUUUGGCAACAACUAUAAGAAUCGAUCAAAAAAAUAUAUGAUACAAUUGAAACAUAGGAUGAAUCAUAUUUGAAAAUCAUGAACACCAAUUUCAAUCCUACAGAUUUGUCAAAUACUGACUUAGAGAUAUUAGUAUAAAUUGUAUAAGGAAAAACUUUAAAUGAAUGGAAAGCUCAGAAGGAUUCUUAUUUGUAGAAGUUAUAAAAGAUAAAGGAUUGUUUGGAGAAAGAAAUUAAGGCUUCUAAUGGAAAAUUGAAGAAAGAAAUUAAAGAAAAAUCAUAAUUAAAUGAAAUGAAAUCUCAAUCUUCUUUCAAUCUUAAAUAAUUUACUUAUUAGAUAAUUUAAGCUAAUUCUAUUAAAUAACAAGAAUCUUGUUGGGCAAUUGCUGUUAAUAAAGAUUGCUCAAUUGUAGCAACUGUAUGUAAUACUCUAAUUAAAAUAUAUGAAUUCAAAUAAGGAAUUUUGAAAUUAAAUCAAAUUUUAAAUUAACAUCAAAGUGAAGUGACUAUUUUAAAUUUUAUGAAAUAAUCAAAUUAAUUAAUUUCUGCAGAUUCAGGAUCUAUUUUGAUUUGGUCAUAUAAUUAUAAUUCAUGGAUUUGCUCAUAAAUUAUUAAAGGUUAUAGUGAUUGCUUUAGAUGCAUAAUAUUGAAUAAUAAUGAAGAUCUUUUUAUAUCCAGUAGUAAUGAUAAUACUAUUAAGUUUUGGGUUAAAAAGAAUGAAUGGACCUGUUAAUAAAUAAUUACAGAUCAUAGUAGUUGUGUCCAUCAACUAAGUUUAAAUAAAUCACAAAAUCAAGUUAUAUCUUGUGGAAAUGAUAAAUUGAUAUUAGUAAUAGAGUAAUAGCUACCUCAAAAAAAUUGGAUUGUUAAGUAAAAAAUAAAAAUUGAUUGUUAAGGAUGUCGAUUAUGCUUUAUCAACGAUAAUCUAUUCACAUUUCAACCUAUGUCUGGAAAUUUGAUGUAUGUUUAUGAGAUGAGUAGUGCAAGUUAAUAAUUCUAUAAAUCAAAAGAUACUAUUAUAAAUCAAGGAAAUGAAGUGUUUGUAUUAUUUCCAUAAUAAUUUAUUAAAUAAAAAUAAUUACUUAUGAAUAAGCAUGAUAAAUAUGUACAUUUAAUAAGAUAUACCGAAAAUGCUGAAUUUAAAGUUGAGUAAUCUAUUCAAUUUGGUACAAAUUAUUUAUUUGGGUAAUUGAGUGAUGAUGGAGAAUAUUUAAUUACUUGGGAUGAGUAAUCAUAUCAAAUAUAAAUAAGGAGAUUUAAAGAAAUAUGA